AGGUAUGCAAUUUCAUUUCUGAAGUCGGUGUUAUUAUAUGAAGGUCAAUUUAAUUAAGCAUGGAAACAAAGAAUGUGGUGGCUGGAAGCUCGAUGAUAUUGGAGGGGCGUAAGGAUCAGAAAUGUAGUAGCGCGGGUAGGGAAAGUUUUUGGUGGCAGUUUGGCCAAGAGGAAGAACAGAGAAGUCACAUAGAGAGGAGCACGGUGAUUGGUUUCUUGGGGUGGCGUUUGGCGGGAAGGUUCCUGGUGAGGGGCGUUUCAUCGAGGCAACCGCAGACCAUAUGUUUGGGAGGUUGGUUGUUGUCAACAGUGGCAGCGGCCUUGCAGCCCUGCCGUGCCGGAGGAUGGAAAAGUCGCCAUUGAUGGGGGUUCUUGAAGCCGUUGCGUUGGCAAUGGUAUGCAUUUAAAAUAUAAUCUGUUCCUGCUAAAUUAAUUUGAUGGCAAGUAAUCACUCCUUUAUAGUUUUUAUUGUCUCAAAUCGCUCCUCAUGUUUUUGACUUGUGAUGCCCUCUUUGCUCACUCCUACUAGGCCUCACCCUUGUUGCUAAUCUUUUCUUCUUCUCCUAGCUGUAAGCCCAUGCACCUUCAAGAAACUAAGAGCAUAUACAAUGAAGAACAUCAUAAAAAUUCAUUUUUGUU